CGAUGGUCUGUUGGCGCCAUCUAGUGGAUAAACCGAAACCUACAAUAACAGAGGAAAGAAAAAAAAACAUCAUGGCGGCCGCCACAAGACUUAUAUCAAGGUUGACACUGGUCACAGGAGGAGGUAGUGGGAUUGGACGGGCGGUGUGUCAGCGCUUCGCCUCCGAGGGCGCCUCCGUGGUGGUCGCUGACAUCAGCGAGGAGUCGGCCAACGAGACCCUGGGGAGUCUGCCGAGUGACCUCAGAGGACAGGGUCACAUGGCGGCUGUGGUGGAUGUGUCGUCCAAAGAGAGUGUAAAGAAGCUGGUCUCAAGUAUCCAGACUCAUUACUUCCAGCCUCCCUCAGUGUGUGUGCACGCAGCGGGCAUCACACAGGACGACUUCCUGCUCAACAUGGAGGAGGAUCAGUUUGACAGAGUCAUUCAGGUCAACCUGAAGGGUUCGUUCUUGGUCACUCAGGCUGUCGCUCAGGCUCUGUUGGCCUGUGGAGCCUCCAAAGGAUCCAUCAUAACUGUGGGCAGCAUUGUGGGAAAGGUGGGAAACAUCGGCCAGGCAAAUUACGCCGCCUCCAAAGCUGGAGUGGAGGGUUUAACCAGGACGGCGGCAAAAGAGCUCAGCAGGUUUGGGAUCCGGUGUAACUGUGUGCUGCCAGGUUUCAUAUCGACCCCGAUGACGGAUAAAGUUCCAGAGAAGGUUAUCAGCAAGAUGAAGUCCUUGGUGCCUCUGGGAAGGAUGGGUGAGCCUGCAGAGGUCGCUGAUGUCUGUGCCUUCCUAGCUUCAGACGACUCUCGAUACAUCACGGGAGCCAGCGUUGAAGUGACAGGUGGACUUUUCAUUGGAUAAAUUGCCUGUCUGUCACACGGAUGGAGGCCAGUUCAUGUUUAAUUUAAUUAAUUUUAUUUUUAGCUUCAUCAUGUCUGGUUGUAAACAUGUAUAAUACAGUGUGAAGCCACUUUGUGUGCCAAUAAACAAC